GAAGGCAUGGAACCGUGAAACCCUAAAGUAUGGCGGAUGGGGAAGAGCCGGCGAAGAAAAGACAGAGAAUAGAGGAGCAGCCUGAGAAGUUAGUGAUGAAAUGCUAAGCGCUGGCUGCAGAAUGGCAGUGGAUGUUCGCAACAGUGGUGAUUGGGAUGGACGUUGGAGCCAUGUGCAGAAGUUUCUGGAGAGAUCUGGACCCUUCACACACCCUGAUUUUGAACCAAGUGAGGAGACACUUCAGUUUUUAUUGGAAACGUGCAAAAUUCUAGUGAUUGGAGCAGGAGGUCUUGGCUGUGAGCUACUAAAAAACCUGGCAUUGUCAGGGUUUCGGAAUAUCCAUGUUGUAGAUAUGGACACUAUUGAUGUGUCGAAUCUGAACAGACAGUUCCUGUUCAGGCCUAAGGAUGUCGGCCGUCCUAAGGCUGAGGUGGCAGCUGACUUCGUUAACAGUCGAGUUCCAGGAUGUCAAGUUGUUCCACACUUUAAGAAAAUUCAAGACUUUGAUGAAUCUUUUUACAGACAAUUUCAUAUAAUUGUGUGUGGGCUGGACUCCAUCAUUGCUCGCCGCUGGAUGAAUGGGAUGCUGUUGUCAUUGCUUAUCUAUGAAGAUGGGGUUUUGGAUCCCAGCUCCAUAAUCCCACUAAUAGAUGGAGGUACAGAAGGCUUUAAAGGGAACCUGAGGGUCAUCUUGCCUGGAAUGACUGCCUGUAUAGACUGCACACUGGAGCUGUAUCCUCCGCAGGUGAAUUUCCCAAUGUGCACGAUUGCGUCAAUGCCGCGGCUGCCUGAACACUGUGUUGAGUAUGUGAGAAUACUGCAGUGGCCCAAAGAGAAACCAUUUGGAGAUGGUGUAGCUCUGGAUGGUGAUAAUCCUGAACACAUUCAGUGGGUGUUCCAGAAGUCUUUGGAGAGAGCAGCAGAGUUCAACAUCACUGGAGUCACUUACAGACUCACACAAGGUGUGGUUAAACGCAUUAUCCCAGCUGUUGCAUCCACCAAUGCAGUCAUCGCUGCUGCUUGCGCUUCGGAAGUUUUUAAGAUUGCUACAAGUGCUUAUAUUCCUUUAAAUAAUUAUCUGGUGUUUAAUGAUGUGGAUGGCUUGUACACCUACACCUUUGAGGCCGAGCGAAAGGAGAAUUGCUCAGCAUGUAGUCAAGUUCCUCAGAAACUCCAAUUCCCACCGUCUGCUAAACUACAGGAAGUGCUGGAGUAUCUGACUGAGAAUGCCUCCUUACAGAUGAAAUCUCCAGCUAUCACUGCAACACUCGAAGGCAAAAACAAAACUCUUUAUUUACAGACUGUAGCUUCAAUUGAAGAAAGAACAAGACCUAAUCUCUGCAAAACUUUAAAAGAGCUGGGAUUGGCUGAUGGACAGGAGUUAGCUGUGGCUGAUGUUACCACGCCUCAAACAGUCCUCUUCAAGCUUAACUUCACAUCCUGAACACAACUAGUCCCGGACACUAUAUAAUGGCCCCUGAGUAAUAGUGUACUGCACCAAAGGUGUCGUCUACAUGGCUGCCUCUCAUUUACAGAAAAGAUGUAUUGGAACCUAUUAGAUGAAAUUUAAUAUUUAAGAUUUUCAUUAUGUAAAUAAGGCACUUUGCAGUGUGUGAAUGCAGCAGUUCGGAUUUUGUGUUCUCCUUACCUGAAAAGCUUUCUCACUUUAAGUCACUUGAAGAUUCAUUUUAUAAACCAGCCUUACAAGCCAUGAGGGAGUGAAGGAGAGAUUACUAGCACAUACGGCAUUCUACACUGGGGAUGAAGGUCUAUUGUGAGCAUUUAACGAUGGAUAAAUUUUUUUUUUUUUGGUCCCAUCUGCUUAAAUGUAAAUAUUGCUGCUCAGUUGUAUGCUUGUUGGUGAAAAUGUUCUGUAAUAAAAGAAAGCCUUUGUAGGGAGUUUUGAA